CGCCAUUCCGUCUGUAGACGCAGAAAGAUGCGCACGCAUGCUGCGGUCUCACCGCAUUCGUAUAAACGACAAAAGUUAUGUAAACAUUGUGUAUUAAACGUCCGUUAUUGUGUUUUUAAAAUGUUUAACUCUCGUAUAUUGUAAGACUUUUGUUCUCGACCAUUGUUUGAUACAGAGCCAGUGUUUUGAUACGAUAUCCGCUGCGAACGCUUAACAUCGAUUUUAAGAACAGUUUUACGUUCCGAAACCGUCAUAAAACUAGUUUUUGUAAAGAGAAGUUUGAAAUGCGUGCAGUGAUAAUAAAACCAAGUGAAAGAUGUAUUUUUAUAUGUAUUGGUUGAACAGUAAGUUUCGAUGAAGCGAGGACAUUUUUAUACGAGACAAUUUUUGUGUUCGAUAUAUAAUAAAACUGUUGAAAUUAUGUUAUUCAAAUUUCGUGGAACAAAACGCGAAGAUUUCAUGGUGUUAUAAAUAGAAUACCGAGUGGGGUUUCGUAACCCACGCAUUAUUAUAACAUCUGUGGUUUAUCGAGAUGAUUAUAAGCUGACUUGGAAGCCUUAUUAUACACAAGAUCAACUGCAACACGCCCUUAGGCUAAAGAUAGCCAAGGAUUCACCGCAUGCGUAAAUCACCCUAUAUAUAAUCAAAAUGAUGUGGCCUUCGUCUCAAGCGAGUAAAAUACUAACAUGUUUACUUAUAAUAGUUGUUAUAUAUUGCAUUUACAUGGAUACUUUCCUCUUUCUACGUAUAAGGAAUUAUAAAAUAGACAUAUUCGAACAGUCAGAGAAUAUAACGCAAGAAACGUCAACUCACCGAACAUUGAAAGCGCAACAGAAUUACGAAGACGUAACGUGGAUACCCUGUAACAUAAAUCCACUAUGUCACCCGACCGUGAAAGCUUUAAUGGUGGACCAUAUUAAUCAUUAUAUAUACGGACCGCUAUGUGCGAUUGUUGAUAUAGGCUUGGGUAUAUCUGAAAAGAUGCUAUUUCUGACGCCGAAUAUGAUAUCCCUUUUUCACGUAUUCAUAGCCUGCGUUGGAGCGAAACUGUUGACUUUUCAAAGUCUAGCCGCUCGUCGAGUUGCCGUUGUUCUGUUCCAAAUUCGAAUGUUUUUAGACGAUUUGGACGGUCAUGUAGCUAGAGAGAGGAAGCAUAUUAAAGGUGAGAGGUCAGAAGUCGGGACUAUUGGCUACUGGGUUGAUGGUAUAUGUGACUCGUUAGGUGUGACAGCAAUGAUGAUAGGCAUACUCGUCUAUUUAAAGAAUAACCCGCCUCGACGAGGCUACAAAGACACUCCAGUCAGCACUCUACCUUAUCAUCAAUUGAAAGAGAUAAAUUCAAGUGAAGAUAUCGAAAGGGAUCACACAACUGAAAUAGGUAUAUCGUAUAAAACAAAGGUAACGCUACAAAGGAUAGUUCAAGUUAUCGGCUUAUUUUCUGGUCAAAUGGUGCUAUCUUCGUUAGCUUGGAAUAGAUACAUAGAUUUAUAUCAGAAUUUAUUAGAGAAUUCGUUGGAAUACGAUAUAUCGAGACGCGAAAGUACAUUUAUGUCUGGGACGUUUUUCUUCGCAACAGGUCUGUGGAGGAUCGUGAACCCUCAUAGUUAUUUACAUCUGUUAUCGUUAGCUGUGUUUUGUGAUAAAACUUGGGCAUUUUUGAAGGCUGUUCAUUACAGCGGUUACGUUUGUCUAGUGGUAACUGUAGCGACGUCCGAAUAUUUAAUUGAGAAUAUCAAAUCUCAUGUCGUUAACAGUAUGGACGGUUGAAUUUUCAUUUGUUCCAAAACUUGGUUUAUAUAUUCAUUACUAUUGACAGUAAUAAUGCAUUUGCUUUGUUAUGUAUAAUUUAGAGAUGAUAAGAUCUGUAAAGCUAUUUAGUAAGAACGAAUUCGAAACUCACCGCAGAAUACGACCGUGAAAUGUGAGAGAGUCAAGCAGCUAUGACUAAUUUUAUAAUAAUUGUGACGUUUAAAUUGUCCGUUUUCAAAAUUUCACGAGUGAGACGCGAAAUGCAUUCUUAUUGAAUAGUUCUAUUGAUCAGUAAACGGUAAAGUUUGCUUGUCAAUGUCACAUGUUAUAUUUACGAUAUUUUAA